AGUGAUUAAAACACUACAUUUACAUCCUCUAUCCUCUAUAUGUGUUUAGGAGACUUUUGUGAAAUGUUUGUAUCGGAAAGAAUACGUUUUAAUUUGUAUUAUUUAGCCCUCACUUUGAAUACAACAUAUACAUUUCGCUACUAAAACUAAACUGUAGAUGGCAGCAACAGGCGAAGAUUGAAAAGGCACGAAGAAGAAUUUACCGGAAGUAGGAAAAGCGGGAGAUUGGAAAACAUAAACAACCUUUUUGCUGGUGUGAACUGACACUUAACAUUUGCCAAAAUGAUGAAGAAGGCGCCCAAGUUGAAAUCUAUAAUUAAAACUAAAACGAAGAGGAGCAUAAACGUGAGACCGACGUCAGAGGCGAUGAUUGAGCUCCUCACGCUGCUGUUUUUGAGCAGCCUGGCUGAUGAAGCGAAGGCCAGAGCUUUUGAGGAGAAAUCUGCAACGAUCAGAGCUCAUCAUGUCAGAGCAGUCGCCAAGAAAAUGCUGAAAAAAGCUCGGGGAUGAAGAUGGGGAAGUGUCAUCAUCAUUUGUGUGGACUUUUUUAAUGAUUGGCAGCAGCAAUAUUUUUGCUUUUUUUAUGAAAUAUUUUCCUCUGAAAUUAUCCUUUAUGUUCUAUCCCUUGUAUAUAUGUUUUUUUCUGUCAUGAGUUUUUUUGUUCUUUAUUAAAUUCUUGUGAAUCUUACAAUGGCUCAUAUU